GCGGGGCUUGGCGAGGCGAGGCGGGGCCGUCAGCCGUCACGCGCAGCCCCGCCCCCUGGGCGCUGUUGGCCUCCUCCCGAAGGCAACCGAUUCUUGGCGCUGUCUCGGGUUAGCCUCGGUGACAAUGGGGGACCCCAGCAAGCAGGACAUCCUGACCAUCUUCAAGCGCCUCCGCUCGGUGCCGACCAACAAGGUAUGCUUUGAUUGUGGUGCCAAAAACCCCAGCUGGGCAAGCAUAACCUAUGGGGUGUUUCUUUGUAUCGACUGCUCAGGAUCGCACCGGUCACUCGGGGUUCACCUGAGUUUUAUUCGAUCUACAGAGCUGGAUUCCAAUUGGUCAUGGUUCCAGCUGCGAUGCAUGCAAGUGGGAGGAAACGCCAAUGCUUUGUCCUUUUUCCACCAGCACGGCUGUGCCACCAGCGACACCAACGCGAAGUACAACAGUCGCGCCGCCCAGCUCUACAGGGAAAAGGUCAAGUCAAGGGCGUCCCAGGCUGCACGGAAGCACGGCACUGACCUGUGGCUUGACAGCUGUGUGCUUCCACCUUCAUCCCCUCCACCAAAGGAGGAAGACUUUUUUGCCUCUCAUGUCUCUCCUGAGGGGAGCGGCUCAGCGUGGACAUCAGCACAGCCGGAGCCAUCACCUUCAACACCUUGGGUCCUGGGAGCCGAUCCUGGGGAUAAUGAAGGUGCCCCGAAACAAGGACCAAGUGUGGAAGGACUCAGUGCCCCAGCAAAGCCUGCUUCAGAGGUUUCCUCUAUCAUAAAAAAGAAACCAAAUCAAGCUAAAAGAGGACUUGGGGCCAAAAAAGGAAGCUUGGGAGCCCAGAAACUGGCGAAUACAAGCUUUACUGAAAUCGAAAAGCAGGCCCAAACAGUAGAUAGAAUGAAGGAGCAGGAGGACCUGCUGGCCAGGGCUACACCUAAGGAAGAGUCCAUUGUGUCGUCCUUACGAUUAGCCUAUAAGGAUCUUGAAAUUCAAAGGAAGAAGGAUGAAAAACUGAACAUGAAUGGCAAAAAAAAAGCUGAAGUGGAGAGACUCGGCAUGGGCCUGGGCAGUUGCAGGAGCGGCAUUUCCCAUUCGGUGACUUCAGAUAUGCAGACCAUAGAGCAGGAGUCUCCCACCCUGGCCAAGCCAAGAAAAAACUAUCAGGAGGACAAUGAUGAUUCCUAUUUGACCUCCAGCUCCAGCAGGUACUUUGAUGACGCUGUGGAGCUGCGAGGCAAUUCCUUUUCGGACUGGGAAGACAGCUCCGAUUCCUACUGGAGAAAGGAGAGCGGCAGAGAUGCGGAGGCAGCCGGGAAGAGCGCAGGUGCCUCCGACAGACCUGCCGCUCGCCGCAAGCCGGACUCUGCGCCCUCAGAGAGCACGGACGAGGCCCAGAAGAAGUUCGGCGACGCCAAGGCCAUUUCUUCAGACAUGUACUUCGGAAGGCAAGCCCAAGCCGAUUAUGAGACUCGGGCCCGCCUGGAACGACUCUCAGCCAGCUCCGCCAUCAGCUCGGCCGACCUGUUCGAGGAGCAGCCGAAGCGCCCGGCAGGCAACUACACCCUGUCCAGCGUGCUGCCCAACGCCCCUGACAUGGCGCAGUUCAAGCAGGGCGUGCGGUCGGUGGCCGGGAAGCUCUCAGUGUUUGCCAAUGGGGUCGUGACCUCCAUCCAGGAUCGCUAUGGUUCUUAGUCCCUUUCCUGAGAAGCUCCUCUCCCCAUGGCUGGGGACCACGCACGGCACUGGGACCACGCACAGACCAUCAUGCACUUUGGCCACCUUUCCACAUGGUAUAUGCACUCCUCUGCUUUAGUGUUUCUUCUGAGAUAUAGUAAAAGCUUUACGGUUAUUUCUGCUUGGCGUCAGUUCUUGUGGCUGCCCUGUUUUUGCUGUGCCCCACUCUUGCUUUAUCCCUGGAGUCUUCAGCUCCAGCCACCGCUCUCCACUCCCAGACUGGCAGCCUAUGUGGGGAGCAGAGCCCUCUGGGGACCAUGGGCCUAGGACCCCCAGGGCCAGCGAAUACCACGUCGGCCUGAGAAACCUCACAACACCCACUUCGCAUAGAAAGGGGGCCGAGGGAUAAAAACAACAGACGACAAAUGUCUUAGACAGAUUUCCACAGAUCAAGGUGAUUUCAAAAUAAUGUUUAAAGUCAUCUGUCUCUUUGUAAAUUAUUUUGUAUGCUCUAUAAAUUUAAAAAUAUUUUCCAAUGAGUGCUUUUAACAAACCUAGCCUUCCAUACUGCCAAGGUGUUGCUGCUUGAAUCUAUGAAAAAUGCAAGCCGAGAACUCCGUAAGUGUGUCAAGUCAGUACCCUGCACAGAAUUAAGAUUGAAUAAGAAAAAAGGAAACAGCUGUAGGAAAUAAUUCAGAGUAUGGGAAAAUUGUAAUUGGGUGGUUUUAUUCUUUUUUAUCUUAAUCUUGGUUUUCAAAAAGUUACAGAAAUGUGUAAAUCAAUAAAGACAAAUAAUUUGGCUGUGUUUUAGACAGCACUAGAAUACAUUGUUCAACACAGUAAAAUAUAUUUGAAAUUUGAUGAAUCAAAAAAUGUGAUUUCAAAUGAAUAUUUUGUGAUUCUUAACAGCUCAAAUUUGUAGACUUCUAAAUAUAAUAAACAGUUGCAGCAGAUGGUGUUGCCUGCAA